GUACGCGGAAGUGUCUGUCAGCUGGUGUGAAGGGAAAAGGAGGAGGUGUAACAGGUCCUGGGGACAAAAAAUUGGGUUCGUCACACAAUGUCGUGGAUCCGUGAAAAGGAGCUGUCUUUAAUAGAACGCCUCUGCGCAAAUGUGCUGAAGGCUGGCCCAAUGCCAAAACAUGUAGCGUUCAUCAUGGAUGGGAAUCGUCGUUAUGCCCAGAAGUGCCAUGUGGAGAGACAGGAAGGCCACUCUCAAGGCUUUGAAAAGCUUGCAGAGACCCUGCGGUGGUGUCUAAACCUGGGGAUCUGCGAAGUUACCGUCUAUGCCUUCAGUAUUGAAAACUUUAAACGUUCAAAGGAAGAAGUGGAGGGAUUGCUGGAGCUUGCACGUCAGAAAUUUACCCGUCUACUGGAGGAAAAAGAGAAACUGCAGAAGCAUGGGGUGUGUAUCAGAGUGCUAGGAGAUCUGACCUUACUUCCUCUGGACAUCCAGAAGCUUAUUGCACAGGCAGUGAUGGAGACCAAAAACUAUUCAAAGUGUUUCCUCAAUGUGUGCUUUGCUUACACAGCCAGGCAUGAGAUCAGUAAUGCAGUGAGGGAGUCAGCUUGGGGAGUGCAAGAAGGACUGCUGAAUCCCAGUGAUAUUUCAGAGACUCUUUUGGACCAUUGUCUUUAUACCUCUAACUCCCCUCAUCCUGACCUUCUCAUUCGUACAUCUGGAGAGGUCCGGCUCAGUGACUUCCUUUUGUGGCAGACUUCCCACUCUUGCCUGGUUUUCCAGUCCAUUCUUUGGCCAGAAUACACUUUUUGGAACCUGUGUGAGGCUGUCCUACGUUUUCAGCUAAACCAUGGGGCCAUCCAGAAAGCCAGGGAACUGCACACUCAAGAGCGAACAAGGCUUGAACAGGAGAGAGACCAACUCUUGGUAUGGGAGGAAUUGCGGCACACAGAGCAUAGUGUGGAUGGAAAAGAUUCACAGUUACGCCAAAGACUUCUCAAAUAUAAAUCAGACAGGGAGGAGAGGAUACAGAACUUUCUGCAGGCCUUAGAACAAAAGAGAGAUGACCACCUGCUUGGUCUCUGUACAUCAUAGCUAAUAAGGUCCAAAGUUUGAGAAUCUAAGGACAAUCACUUUGGUCUUACGAAGGCUUGGAACAGUUGUGACAGCAGGGAGAAAAGCAUCUAGGACUAUAAGAGAUCUGUGUAGUUCUGCAUGCUACCAAUUUGUACAUAUAUUUUUCUGUAUAGCAUUAUGACCAUAAAAAAAAAAAAACAAUAUUAAUAAACUUAUUUCACUCUUCGUUAUUAAAUAUUCAUUACAAGUACAAAAAACCCUGCCAUGCCAUCUUGUUAGAAUGCUGAAUUGUCAUAAUUCUAAAUUGUCCCUUUUGGAAUGCCAUCUCCCUCAUAAAAGUGCAAAAAUAAAAUGAUCUGUGUUGGA